UCGCUGCGCCGCACGUGUACGAGCCCGCCGGCCAGAGCUCAUCGGACCCGGCGCGGGCGCGCUACCUAUGCCCAGCCUCCCCCGCUGCAGGCUCUUCCGAGAGACUCUCGCCGGCGCUUUCUUGCACCGCGGGCGCAGCGCCGGCCUCCUCGCUACCCGGACCGCCCCGCGCCCCCAGGCUCCGGGUUCUGUUAAAUGUGUUCUCGGAGCCUUAAAGAUGGAAAUGAACGACAUGACUGGCGUGUCACUGAAACGUGGGUCCGUUGUUGUUGAAGAUAAUGACAGCAGGGCCUCAGCUGAGGAGACAAAAAAACAAAAGAUCUCAGAAUGCAGUCUGACCAAAGGUCUUGACGGGCUAGGGAAAGACUCUUUGCCCAGCAGUGAAGGUGUGCCUGGGCCUCUUAAAGUUAUAAGUGCUGAGAAAGAUGAAAAGAAUUCUGAGGCUCAACUGGAAGAAGAGGAGGAGGAGGAAGAUGACCUUUCAGAGGGGGAGGAAGAAGCAGAGAGCUUUGCAGACAUGAUGAAGCACGGACUCACUGAACUUGAUGUGGGCAUCACCAAGUUCGUAAGUCCUCAUCAAGGGUUCUCAGGAAUCUUAAAAGAAAGGUACUCUGACUUCGUCGUUCAUGAAAUAGGAAAAGAUGGACAGAUCAGCCAUUUGGAUGACUUAUCUGUUCCAGUGGAUGAUGAGGACCCUUCAGAAGAUGCAUUUACAGUUUUGACAGCUGAAGAAAAGCAGCGAUUGGAAGAGCUCCAGCUUUUUAAAAAUAAGGAAACCAGUGUUGCCAUUGAGGUUAUCGAGGACACCAAAGAGAAAAGAACUGUCAUCCAUCAAGCUAUCAAAUCUCUGUUUCCAGGAUUAGAGACAAAAACAGAAGAUAGAGAGGGGAAGAAAUACAUUGUAGCCUACCAUGCAGCUGGAAGAAAGGCUUUGGCAAAUCCAAGAAAACAUUCUUGGCCAAAAUCUAGGGGAAGUUACUGCCACUUUGUACUGUACAAGGAAAACAAAGACACCAUGGAUGCUAUUAAUGUACUCUCCAAAUAUUUAAGAGUCAAGCCAAAUAUAUUCUCCUACAUGGGAACCAAAGAUAAAAGGGCUAUCACAGUUCAAGAGAUUGCUGUUCUCAAAAUAACUGCACAAAGACUUGCCCACCUGAAUAAGUGCUUGAUGAAUUUUAAGCUAGGAAAUUUCAGCUAUCAGAAAAACCCUCUGAAAUUGGGAGAGCUUCAAGGAAAUCACUUCACUGUUGUUCUCAGAAAUAUAACAGGAACUGAUGACCAAGUACAACAAGCUAUGAACUCUCUGAAAGAGAUUGGAUUUAUUAAUUACUAUGGAAUGCAAAGAUUUGGAACUACAGCUGUCCCUACAUAUCAAGUUGGAAGGGCUAUACUGCAAAAUUCCUGGACAGAAGUCAUGGAUUUAAUACUGAAACCCCGUUCUGGAGCUGAAAAGGGGUACCUGGUUAAAUGCAGAGAAGAAUGGGCGAAGACUAAAGACCCAGCUGCUGCCCUCAGAAAACUACCUGUCAAAAGGUGUGUGGAAGGGCAGCUGCUUCGAGGACUUUCAAAAUAUGGAAUGAAGAAUAUAGUCUCUGCAUUUGGCAUAAUACCAAGAAAUAAUCGCUUGAUGUAUAUUCAUAGCUAUCAAAGCUAUGUGUGGAAUAACAUGGUGAGCAAGAGGAUAGAAGACCAUGGACUGAAACCUAUUCCUGGGGACCUUGUUCUCAAAGGAGCCACAGCCACCUAUAUUGAGGAAGAAGAUGUUAACAAUUACUCCAUCCAUGAUGUGGUAAUGCCCUUGCCUGGUUUCGAUGUUAUCUACCCAAAGCAUAAAAUUAGAGAUGCCUACAGAGAAAUGCUAACAGCAGACAACCUUGAUAUUGACAACAUGAGACAUAGAAUUCGAGACUAUUCCUUAUCAGGGGCCUACCGAAAGAUCAUUAUUCGUCCUCAGAAUGUUAGCUGGGAAGUUGUUGCAUAUGAUGAUCCCAAAAUUCCACUUUUCAACACAGAUUUAGACAAUCUAGAAGGGAAGCCACCACCAGUUUUUGCUUCUGAAGGCAAAUACAGAGCUCUGAAAAUGGAUUUUUCCCUUCCUCCUUCUACUUAUGCUACCAUGGCCAUUCGAGAAGUGCUAAAAAUGGAUACCAGCAUCAAGAACCAGACCCAGCUGAAUACAACCUGGCUCCGCUGACUCAUACCUGGUCCACAGAUCAGGAAAUGCAGACAAGUGUUUGCUUACUGGCUUCCUAUUCAUUUUUCUCUUAGUACAGACCUGUCUGUGGAUUUUGGAUCUUUGUAGUGAAAGAUUAUUUGUAUUUUU